GUGCUAGGAGGCGGGCGUGCCAGUCCGUGGACAGCUACGGCGCCAUGAAUAUUUUGCCCAAGAAAAGCUGGCAUGUCCGCAACAAGGACAAUGUCGCCCGCGUGCGGCGUGAUGAGGCCCAGGCCCGGGAGGAGGAGAAAGAGCGUGAGCGGAGGGUGCUGCUCGCUGAGCAAGAGGCCCGCACAGAAUUCCUACGGAAGAAAGCCAGACAUCAGAAUUCGCUGCCUGAGCUCGAAGCAGGAGCCCCAAGUUCUGGCCCUGUGGACCUGUUUCGGGAGCUGCUGGAGGAAGGGAAAGGGGUGACCAGAGGCAAUAAAGAGUACGAGGAAGAAAAGCGACAAGAGAAAGAAAGGCAGGAGAAAGCUCUGGGCAUCCUGACAUACCUGGGCCAGAGUGCAGCGGAGGCCCAGACUCAGCCCCCUUGGUACCAGCUCCCCCCAGGAAGAGGAGGCCCCUCACCUGGCCCAGGCCCAGAUGAGAAGAUCAAGAGCCGCCUGGACCCUCUGCGGGAGAUGCAGAAGCAUCUGGGGAAGAAGAGAAGGCCCAGUGGUGAUGAAGGCAUUCACAGCAGAAAGGAAAAGAAGGAGGGGUCUGAGAAGCAGCGGCCCAGGCAAACCCCAUCCCUGGACCAGCUUCGAGCUGAACGUCUCCAGAGGGAAGCAGCUGAGCGGGCUCGGGCCGAAGCCUUGCUGGCCCGGGUCCAAGGCCGGGCACCACGAGAGGGUCAGCCGGAGAUGGAAGAGACAGAUGACCGCCGGCGGCGGUACAACUCCCAGUUCAACCCCCAGCUGGCCCGGCGCCCCCGACGACAAGACCCCCACCUUGCUCACUGACUCCUGAGGGGGUACAGGAGAGGCCGCUGCUGCCAGCCGUCAUAUAAAACUAUUUAUUCAUAAAUAUUUUCCAAAAUGAAAA